AUGGGCGGUUUCGCCCAAAUAGGUGAUUCUGAUAUAAACCAGCUGACAUUUGCUCCACAGCAUAGCUCCGUCAAGGUGUUCGACACGCGUGCAGGGACAUGGGACCUCUCAGAGCGAAUUUGGAAACUGAAUGUUCCACCUAAUCAAAUCGUUGAAGUGGAUGGCAAGUUGUUUAGCUCCGGGCAUUGUUUCAAGCCAUGGAAAGGUCACAUUGAUGUGUAUGAUGGGAUGCAGAAUAUGUGGGACGAAGUGGAUGGAUCUCGUUUCCAAACUCUUAAUUCACCGGUCUCCACAUUAGGUGACAAUAACAAUGAAAAUUGGCCGCUAAUGAAACGGCUUUACUUAACAAUGGCACCAAUAGGAAACCAUUUAUACUUCCUGACAGGGUAUCGGAUGGCUGGUGAAUCGCCACGAACAGUUUCGAUGGUCUACACAUUUGAUACAUCGGUAACUACUGAUGCAUGGAAGAGCUUAGAGCCAACAGCGGAAGACGGCAGAAAGAGCUAUGCAGUCGUUGUUGUGUCGUUCAGCUCUCGUAAGCAGUCUUUGCCUUAG